AUGGCGAAUAAGGGAAUGGAUAGAUCAUUCAUGACCGCUUCUGUCGAAGAUUUGGUCCAAAGUAUGUCGCUGACUGAGAAAGUGUCGCUUCUUUCCGGCGAGGAUUGGUGGAGGACCACGGCGGUGCCCAGACUCAACAUCCCUUCCAUUAAGCUCACUGAUGGACCCAACGGCGCCCGAGGUCAAUCUUUCUUCAAAAUGACACCCGCUGUGGUUCUUCCCAAUGCUACCGGCCUUGCUGCUACAUUCUCUCCCACCCUCCCCGCCGAAGCCGCUCGCCUACUGGCCGCCGAGACCAAAGCGCGAGGUGCUGUCUGUCUAUUGGCACCGACCAUUAAUAUCUGCCGAAGCCCUCUCGGAGGGAGGACCUUUGAGUCAUUUGGGGAAGAUCCGACCCUCAGCGGUAUCAUGGCCGCCAAGUAUGUCAAUGCCCUCCAGGAUGAAGGGAUCGGCGCAGCGAUCAAGCACUUCGUCGCCAAUGACCAGGAGCAUGAACGAAUGGGUCAAGACUCCAUCAUUGCUCCCAGAGCGCUUCGGGAGAUUUAUCUUCGGCCAUUUCACAUCGCCCAAGCUUUGGCCAAGCCAUGGUCAUACAUGACCUCGUACAAUAAGCUCAACGGCACCCAUUGCUCCGAGCAUGACUGGCUGUUGAGAGGUCUUCUCCGAACCGAGUGGGGGUUUGACGGACUCGUCAUGUCCGACUGGAUGGGGACAUAUUCUGUUGCCGAGGCGAUCAACGCCGGGCUUGAUUUGGAGAUGCCCGGGAAGCCCCGAUGGCGCCAACUGCCGCUGGUGCGGCAGUUGAUUAAUGCUCACAAGAUCGCGCCGGCGACAAUCGACGAGCGGGUGAUAACCAUCUUAAAGUGGGUCCAAAAGCUUGUCGUGCUCAACCCUGACACUGUCUAUGGGCGCGAUGACUCGAUAGAAUGGACGCGAACGGAAGACCAGGCGACAGACGCGGCGCUGAUACGGCGUAUCGGCAACGAGGCUAUCGUAAUGCUGAAGAACGAAUCGUCCGUGCUGCCUAUUCGACGUGGCAAAGUAGCAGUCAUUGGUUCCAACGCUAAGAAUGCUGUCAUUACAGGCGGCGGCAGUGCGAGGCUUCGACCUGCCUGGUGUGUUACACCAUGGCAGGGAUUAGUUGACAACAAACCUGACGAAGUGGAUUUACGAUACACCCUGGGCUGCAAGGGCUCCAAAUUUCUUCCCGUUUUUGGUGAGGAGUUUACCAGCAUGGAUGGUACCACCCGCGGCUUUGAUAUGCUUCACUACGCUAUUGUCGACGGCAAACAGGCCAGCCAACCAGCCGUCUCUGAGGUCUGGACUAACUCAGACAUCAUGCUCGCUGACUUUAGCCACCCAGGCCUUGGCGAUGACUACUUCACCGAGAUCCGAGCUUUGUUCACCGCACCAAUUACCGGUGACUGGCAAUUCGAGAUCAGCGUCACUGGUCAAGCUUGGGUCUAUGUCGACGACAGACUAUUGGCCGAUUUAUCGAAAGAGCAGAAGCGGACCUCAUCAUUCUUUGGAAACGGAGGCAAUGGUACUGUUAUUACGUUCUCGGUGACUAAAGGCAAGGUCUGUAACCAAAUCGUUCCCCGUCUAGCAUACAAGUCACUCACGUUCAAUCAGGUCUACAGAUUCCGUCUCUUGCACGACUCCAGAAAACCGCCACUAGCUCCAGGUCAGGACAGCCAGCCAUUGCAGCUCAUUGGCAUGAAGCUUGGCUCCUUCCCCGCUAUCAAUGAGGACCGAACGAUAGAUGAGGCCGUAGAGCUCGCCAAAGAGUCUGACAUCGCCUUGUUGGUGGUCGGGUUAGACCAGGAUUGGGAGUCGGAGAGCUAUGACCGACCAAACUUAUCUCUCCCUCUCCGUAUGAACGACCUCAUCCGUCGCGUUGCGACCGAAGCACCAAACACCAAAAAGGUCGUUAUCUUGCAGACAGGUUCCGCCGUAUCCAUGCCAUGGCUGGAACAUGUCGACGCCGUCUUGUGGCCCUGGUACGGCGGGAACGAGGCUGGAAAUGCCAUCGCUGAUAUCGUAUACGGAACGGUCAACCCUUCCGGACGAUUGCCCAUCACCUUGCCGAAACGAGAGCUCGACAUUGCUGCAAACCUCAACUUUAAGUCGGCACGAACCAAGACUUACUACGAGGAAGGUAUCUGGGUCGGCUACCGUCACUUCAACGCCCGCGGCAUCGAACCAAUGUACCCCUUCGGUCACGGCCUAUCAUAUAGUACCUUUGAUUAUUCCAACCUGACCGUUUCGCCGUCCGCAUCGUCUUCUCCAGACUCAUGGCGCAUCUCUGUUUCUGCCAGAGUCACUAAUACUGGCACGGUACCUGGCGCUCAUUCCGUCCACUUCUACACCAGCCCGCCCGCACCAACAAUGACUUCUCUCACGCAUCCUGAUGUCACUCUGCAAGCAUUCGCAAAGACUGCUGUACUUUUACCCGGUCAGUCCGAGACGAUCGCCGUGGAGAUGGACAAAUUCGCUAUCUCGCACUGGGAUGAACUGACUUCGACCUGGCAAGCCGAGCCCGGGCAAUGGCACGUCAAGAUAGGAAGGGAUGCACAAACCAUGUGCGCUGCAGCUCCGUUCAACGUCUCUCCAGGCUUCAGGUGGCACGGAAUAUAG